AGCUUUAUAUUUCUAGCAAAUUGACCACCAUCGGGUGCGCCAUAUAUAUAAGGUUAAAAUCCAAGAUUUUGGUUACGUUAUAUAAGGCCCAUAUAGUAUUUUACUUUGGUCGACUUGUAGUUGGGGUAUACUGUCGCGACAUGAACGCAUAGAAUACCGACUCAAUAUCGUCCAAUUAGAUCCAGGAAAUAUUGUAUGAUUAUAUUUGGUGUAUUACUGUACUUAUUUUGACAAAAUGGUGCAAAAUCCAGCUCAAACUGAGCUGACUCCCGAUGAAGACAGCAUUAGGAUGAUGUUGACCUGCAAGGUCCACAUUGGUACUAAGAAUGUCGAGAACAAGAUGAAGAACUACGUUUUCACUAGGACACAGGAGGGUGUUCACCUGAUUGACUUGUCUUGGACUCUUAAGAAAAUCAAGCUUGCUGCUAGGGCCAUUGUUGCGGUCACUAACCCUGCUGAGGUGGUUGUUGUAUCUGCCAGGCCUUACGGUAGCCGUGCCAUUCUUAAGUUUUCUCACUAUGUAGGCUCGCAGCCCAUUGCUGGUAGCUGGGUUCCAGGUACCCUUACUAACCAGAUCACCCAGAAGUUCAUUGAACCUAGAUUGAUGAUCGCCACUGACCCAAGGACUGAUGCCCAGGCUUUGAAGGAGUCUUCCUAUGUCAAUGUACCCGUCAUCGCUUUAUGUGACACUGACUCUCCUCUUCAAUUCGUAGACAUUGCCAUUCCAUGCAACAACAAGGGUAAGAAGUCCAUUGCGUUGAUGUACUGGCUCUUGGCACGUGAGGUACUGUACCUUCGCAACCAGAUUCAGAGGCACCUUCCAUGGGAGAUUAUGGUUGACACCUUCUUCUGGAGGGAUGCUGAGCAGAUGGAAUUGAAGGCUGAGGAGCAGAAGCGUGAGGAAGCCAUGUCAUCACUUCGUCCACCAAUGCCACCAGCAGUUGAGGGUGACUGGAACCAGAUGACCGGAGCCCGCGCCAACGCUGACUGGAAGGUCAUGGCUGGUGGAAACGACGAAUGGGGAAACUUCGUCGACGGAAGGAACAACUGGCAAUGAAAAACCGUUAAAUGCUAAUCUUAAUUGAGAC